AUGAAAGAGAACCUUAUUGGAAAAUUGGAUUUGCUGCAGUUCAAGUACGAGAACUUGGAUCCUCCGCGGUUUCCACUUUCUCGCAAGCUGGCAAAGUCCAAGAACGCGCACCAUGUGAAGCUUCUGACGCUAUCUGAGGACGAAGCUUUGAAGAUGAUCAAACAACUGAAAAGAGAACUAUUCGAGCGCAAAUACCAUUCUGCGUAUUCCAAGUUAGAGCGGCAUUUGGGCGGACAGAUCAGGCAGGUGCUCAAAAACAAGACCACGAAGCCAGAAGACCGCAAAUUGUACGAGAAGCUGGAGAGCGAACUGGAUAAAGUGAUAAAACAGAAACUGACCAAGCUGGGGUCCAAGAUAUUCCACCGCGAAGAGGUGCGUGGGGUUCCGCCAGAAUCGUUCUGGGAGGACCGUGAGAAGCUGAAAGGGCACACAUACGAGACAGAACUGAAUAAUCUCGUAUCCAGGUUGUUCAACAAAAACACAGUCAAAGAGGUGGUGCAGCAGACAGAACACAAUUUCAAGCUGGUUCUUGGUGUUGACAAGAGGGAAAAGAAGCCGGAGACUGCCAAACAAACCGAAAGUGAGAAGAAUACUCUGGAAGACGAGUCUGAGAGUUCUGGUGACGAUUCUGACGAAACGAGCGUUUCUGAGGACACCGAGAGCUCUGACGACGAGAAACUGGACGCAAUAUAUUCCGACUACAAAUCCAUGGUGGCCGGAUCGUCGGAGGAAGACGACGGCGAGCUCGAAGAGGGCGUGAACUACAACCAGGUCACAGACGAGGAGCCGAGCGAGCAGUCAAGCGAGUCUGACGACGAGCAGCCAGACUACGAGUCGGCCAAAGCGGAACGCAAGAAGCUCGGCAGCGACGACUUCUUCAGCGAGCUGCAGCUCCCUGCGUUGGCCGGCGGGUACUAUUCUGGCGGCGAGGACGAGGAGGAACUGGAACAGGCAGAAAAAGACAUGAAGAAGCUGGCCAAGGAGCGCAAGAACAGGCGGGGACAGCGGGCUCGUCAGAAAAUCUGGGAGAAGAAGUACGGCAAGAACGCGAACCACGUCAAGAAGGAGCGCGAGAGAGUGCAGUCUGAGAGGGAGAAGCAGCGGCUUGCGUACGAGGAACGGGUGAGGAAGAGAGCCGAGAAAAAGAAGCAGGAGGAGGAGAAGAAAAAGCAGGCUCAGGAGAAGCCGCGCCAGCCGUCUGCGGCCGACAAAAUGCAUCCGUCAUGGGAGGCCAAGCGGAGGGCCGAGGAGGCGCUGAAAAACGUCAAGUUCCAGGGAAAGAAGGUGAAGUUUGAGUAG